ACAUGAGGUGUCAUGAUGGCCCUUAUCAAGUCCUGUCUGUGUACUCCGCCUCCUCGGACUAGGCCUUCCAUCAGUGCGCCGAUACACCUGCUUUUGAAGGGAGAUCUUCCUUCUGGCAACGUUGAACCACCCGUCUCCCCUAAGCCCGAAGCGGACUCUCAGAACCAUGCGUUUCGCAACAAGCAGUUCAAGCGGCCACGACCUUGCAAUCUUUGUCACCAACCUAUCCAUCAACAGGGCUCCGUCUGCCGAGUGUGCAAAUACGUCUGUCACAAAAGUUGUGAGAGCAAGCACACCGGAGAUGCGCCCGUCAGGACUCCUUCGAGACAGAAACCGGUGACGAUGGCGUCGGAGGGUACCCGCCCCAGGGCCCGCACCCGGGAUCACGGCAUGGACCUCAGCUAUGUCACGGAGAGGAUCAUCGCCCUGUGGUUCCCAGCGGACAUCUCACCUUCCAGCUUCAGGCAGGGUCAGCAACAGGCUUCCCACAUGCUGACCAGCAAGCAUGGCAACAGCUACAUGGUUUUCAACUUGUCUGAGCCACGGAGAGCCACCAGGAGUCAUCACGAGAGAGUGAGGGAGUUAGGCUGGCCCUCGGACCUGGCUCCUCCUCUGGAGCGACUGUGCAGUAUAUGCAAGGACAUAGACUCCUGGCUCAGCGGCGACAGUCACAGGAUCGCCGUACUGCAUGCCAGAGGUAGCCAGGAGCGUAUAGGCGUAGUGGUGGCUGCGUACAUGCACUACUCUAACAUCUGUGGCUCUGCGGACCAAGCUCUGGACAGGUUUGCGAUGAAGAGAUACUUGGAUGACAAGAUCGGAGACCUGGACCAACCUUCGCACAAACGAUAUAUCGACUACUUCUCGGGUCUUCUGUCAGGCAACAUCAGAAUCAACACCAACCCUCUGUACUUGACACAUGUGACGGUCCUGGGAGCUCCUAGCUUUGAGGUCGAAGGAGGUUGUCGAGCAUUUCUCAAGGUUUACGAAGGCCUGGUGCCAGUGUACACCUCGGGGGUUCACUCGGUCGGAGGUGACACCAAGCAGUUCACUGUCAAUGUCGCUGGCGACCGUCGCAGAGGGCUUCAGUUGAGAGGAGAUAUCCUCCUCAAGUGUUACCACAGACACUAUUCGGCUGACUUGGACAGUCCAUCAAGAAGUAGUUCUCCGAACGAUUCAGACAUCUUACCAGCUCGUGAGCUGAUCUUCUCUUGUCAGUUCCACACUUGCGCUGUGUCUGACUAUACUCUCAGCUUUACUCGACAAGAGCUCGAUCAUGCUUGGAAUGACCUGAGGUUUCCGCUGGAUGGAGCAGUAGAACUCCAUUUCUCCGCCACUCCUGAUGGAGUGAGGUUCCCCCUCCCUGCCCCCACCCCAGCUGUGGCUGUUGACACGACACCUGACACGGUCACUCGCUGGGACAGCUACGAGAACCUCCUUCCAGAAACUGACACGGACGACAUCCACGGUAAACAAAAUAUCAGACGGAUAGACGGCGAAGUCGCUCACACGUACGGACCUCUGGACGGCUCGCUCUACGCCACCGUGAGGACCAAGAAGCCCGAGGCCCCGGGACCCGUCAUCUCCAGCGUCCACACAGUGUCCAUGGACUCCGGCAUCUCCUCCGCAGGGAACGGUCUACUCCAGCCCUCCGCCUCCUACCCGGACCAUCACCGCCAGCUGGACGAGCUCCUGAGCGACAUGCUGCUCACAGUAGAGAACAUCCCAGACCUGAAGACGUUGAGUGGUGGGAGUGGUGUGGACUCAGUAGAUUGCGCAGCGCCGCGCAGCGAGCACCGCGACAACCGCGAGACCGACAUACCGUACCACGCCAGACAGGACAGUCGUCCCUUCACGUACGGGACGGUUCCGUCGGACGAGAUGUUGAGGGCGCAGUCCGGACUCUCCAGUCCCUCGCUGGUGCGAAAGGCGAGUUUCAAGGGUGUCGCGAGUGACCACAACGGAAGCGUUCCCAUCCCUGUCCACCGGGAUGUGAGGAGGUCCAACAGUAGCCAUAGUGUACCGACCGCUAGGAGCCCGGACUUUCACGAGGGGACGAUCGUGAGUGGAAGUAUUAGCCAUCACAACAGCAACAACUUGACUUGGUUGCAACGACAACAACAGAAGCUGCGAGAGAGGAGAGAUGUCCAGCUAAGAUCGGAAAGACUUCCUCACGAGACAAGGCUACUUUCUGAGCUCCGUACUGUACAGACAGGGCAAUACCGCAGUCAUCGGCCUUCGCCGAGUCAGCGUCUUGAUGGAUACACAUCGGAUACCACACUCUUUGCUGACGAAGAUGACGAAGACUUCACUAUACCUCUUCACAUCAACACCACCACUUCUAAAACCACCAAUGGCAGCUCAGCGCCCGUCUCGCCCUUACUACCACACAGGACGUCUUCCAGAAGAAACUAUCCCAACUCGACUUCCGUGUCUCACUUCAAUACGAUCAGCAAUUCCACCAUGGGACGCCAGAAGUCCGAGAACUCCUUUGAUAGAGAGAGACCUUUCGUAGCCGUAAAGCGCUCUCACGAGCAGAGCCGUAAAUAUAGCGAUUCAACGAGUCCCGACUCUUUCCCCGGACCCUCGACUCCGGACUCCGGACUGCUGGUGGAAACUGAGAAGCAGAGGUUGAACGGGUUCAACCACGCGGUGGGUAACGGACUGGGAGGAGAUGCGUUGUCCAGCCUGAUGGCUUCCCUAGCCGCGUCCUCCUCCCCCCCCAGUAACGAUAGUGACACAACUAACAGCACCUCCCACACGCAGCUACGGGAUGAAAGUUACUCCUCUUGGCGCACAACGUCUAUGAGUGAAGACACAGGGGUGGGGGGCAGCCCCCCUCACUCCAGCAGUCCCCCCCACUCUGGUAGUUCACGCCCCCAGACCCCCGCCUUCCCCGUUCACCCUCGCACCCCUUACAUCAACAGCAGCUCCACACAGUUUGACACCCUUACGUCUGCGUUACCCCCCAAGAGUCCUACAGCGCAACGCAAAGAGUGGUCUCCAAUAAGUGAAACAUUAACAAGAGAUCACCGAGAACAUUCAGUCAGCUCAUUCCGAGGAUAUGAAAGUGACUCACACACACAGUACAGUCCCAAGGGCCUAACAUAUUCUAGCAGCCACAACGGAACGAUUAACGGCGGCCAAUCUUCGCCAAGCGUCUACUACGGUCAUUCGCGACGCUCGUCGAUCCACUCUAAUGGAGAGCCUCCGCAGGAAGUGUCCCCGGCUCACGUCAAGUUUGUCCGAGACACUUCUAGGUUCUGGUACAAGCCUACAAUAUCGAGAGAAGAAGCAAUAGCAAUGCUGAAAGAUCGGGCGCCUGGAACGUUUGUGGUACGAGACUCCAACUCCUUCCCAGGAGCGUUUGGUCUCGCACUAAAGGUAGCCACCCCUCCCCCCAACACCCCGGGGAAAGCAGCUUCGUCUUCAGAUCCUCUAACUGAGCUUGUGAGACACUUCCUUAUUGAACCAACGUCGCGGGGAGUGAGACUUAAGGGCUGUGCUAACGAACCAGUGUUCAGUUCCCUGUCUGCAUUAGUAUACCAGCACUCUCUAAUGCCCUUGGCCCUUCCUUGCAAACUGUCUUUGCCAGAGUCAGACACUAAACUACCCUCCGAGUCUACAAGUUCCAUCAGCUCAGCACAGCAGCUGUUAGCUCAAGGCGCAGCUUGCAAUGUCCUUUACCUGCUAACUAUAGACACUGAGUCGCUGACAGGUCCUCAAGCAAUCAUACGAGCUGUCAAUGAACUCUUCUCUAAGCCCCUACCACCUGCUGCUAUUGUGCAUUUCAAGGUUUCCAGUCAGGGCAUAACUCUGACAGACAACAAGAGGCAGCUGUUCUUCCGCAGACAUUACCCCGUGGCUACUAUCUCGUACUGCGGUCUCGACCCUGACGACCGAAGGUGGACUCAACGCAACGAGGCUGGAAUGCCUAUAAGCUCUAAUCGGUGUUUCGGUUUUGUUGCAAGAAAGCCCGCCAGCAAAACUGACAAUCAGUGUCACAUCUUUGCGGAGCUGGAGCCUGAACAGCCUGCGACAGCCAUUGUAAACUUUGUAUCCAAGGUGAUGAUGAACAGCAGCCAAGGGAAGUCAAACAUUGUCUGAUGGAGACACAGCGCUUAACCCUUCCUAGACAUCUGAAUCUUUACACCAGACUUAUGAAUUACGAUAGAUAAUUUAGUUAGUUCUCUUUGCAUGUUUGUUGGCACAAUAGAUUCAAAAUCAAUUUUGGCUGUCCAAUUACUUUUAGACUGUGCAGAAGAUAAAGAAGAGUAGGUAGCGAAUGUAUGAAGUAGUCAAGUUACGAGAAAGUUUAACUUUCUUAGUCGAGUGAUAAAUUUUAAAAUUUAUUACAAGUAAAAAUGGAUGUAUCACUAAGCCUUGCAUGGUUUUUAACUUUUAACUCGAUUUUUAAUAUUUAUUUGUUUAAUCUUUUAUUUUAUUGUGCUAUUUAAUUGUUGAGCUAUUGCCUUUUUUGCUGUGAAUGACAAAUAAUUAGUUGUCUUAUCGUUAAGUUCUUUAUUCUGAACCAAGUACAACGUUAGUUUAUUUUUGUUAAUAUUUCAUGAAAUAUGAUUUUAUAUCUGUUUAUAUUGUAAAUACAUACUAAAUUUGUGUUAGUGUGUUCAUCACGAAGAUAUAACGAUUCGGUGGAUUUACCGAUGUAAAGAAAGUUUUAAUUAUUGUUAAAUAUUUGGUUGCUAUAUGUAUGAUGUGUGUUUAUAUGUAUGUAGUUUGGUUUAUUCUAUCAGAGGAUGUAAAAUAUUCAAUUUAUUUGUCUUUGUCUGUUAUACAUUAACUUAUUAUUUAGAUAUGAAAUAAUCGUAAUAGUUUUAUUGGGGCAUGUGUCUGUUAAAUGCUAAUUGACUGUUUUUGUGUGGUAAUCGUGAAAAGAUAUUCGUGUACAAAUAAGCAAUAACGCUCUGUUUUUACUUUAAUCAAUUAUUUUAUGUUUAUGCAGUCAGAAUUCAAAACAGCACCCAACAGUUAAACAACACAUGCUUGCCCUAAUAAAAUAAAAUAAUUUAUUACCAACAAUCAUAUCAUUUGUGAAUGCACGUAGUAAACUUGUACAUUUGUAAGAACAUAGCGUACAGUAUGUAUCAAAACUGAGUUUGUAGUUUAUAUCCAUUCUGAUUCUAUAAGCCAGAGUGCCUUCUAAAAAGUGGCAAAUACCACUUCCCUAGUUCAAAGGCUCUAAUAAUAGUUAUAAUCCAUCUGUGUCAUUUGAUGAUCUCUGUGUAGCAAUUUAAUUGUAACUUUUAACUGAAUUUCAUUGCAAUGAAAAUAUUGGGCUCUCAGGCAACAAAAAAUUGUGUUGCUGUGUUUUUACAUAAUUUGGAUAAAGUGUAAAUUAGCUUAAAAAUUUUGAGAUUUUGUCAAUAUUUAUACUAGACUGAGUUUAACACUCUGAAUAUUUUGAAAUCAUCUGUUUGUCUUCCAAAAUAAUUGUAAAUUUUGAAACAGGCGGAGCUACAUCUUAAGAUGAGCUCCUAACUACUGGGGCAUUACCACAUAGCUAAAAGCUAUUGUGGUUGGCAAGAUUUGAACCCGAGGCCUCAAGGACCGAAGUCCAUUGCUCUAACUAUUACACCAGCCACCCCUCAACACAUAUAAUCUGAGACUGAGUUAAAUUGCUAACUGAAUUAGUCAAGUGAUACGGAGGUGUAUGUGCCAUAUUGUUCCUUAUAAUUGUAACCGGAAUAUCUGGUGCAAUAGCUCAAAAUAGUCCUGUUUUCAGCUUUAAUGUCCACUAUUUUAGAAGGCAAUAUAUUUCCCUUUAGUUGACUCUUAAGCUCUACACAUUUCAAAUAGAGUUUAUUAGCAUUUACUUGUAUUACUUCACAAGCUACUACUUACUUAUUAUAGCUUUCACGAGCUUUAUAGUGAUUUAUUUGUGAAAGUAAAUAUUACGGAAGUUAAUAUAAUAAAGAAUGAAGUAUAGUUUAAAACAGUACCAGUUGUAGUUUGUAAAAUAUAGGCUCAUCUUUUGAUGUAAAAUAAUGACACUAAAGAUUACUAAUGUAAAAAUAAAUUUAAUAUGAUUGGAUCUAUUAUUUUGUUACAAAAAAGAGCAAGUACUAAAAGAUUGUUAACAACGUAAGGAUGUAUUGAGUAUGUUGAUAAAACUGAUUUUAAUGUACCAAAAGUUGCUACAAUUUACAUGUAGAAUAAGUUAAAAUGUUUGUAAGGAAGGAAAAGUAUUUGAUGACUGUUUAAUAUGAAUAUACCAAAGCUGGCUCAAUUUAUUCAAUAAAAGGUGCCUUCAAAAUAAAAGCUGCAUGGAAAUUGUUGAGAUAAAAUCUCAAUUUUAUUGAUAACUGUGAUUUUUUAUUGUUCAUUCGCUUUAUUAAAACAUCUUUAAAAUUUGUGUUUGAUGGGAAGUAAUAAAUUAUUCCGUUAAAAAUUCAAGGCAUCUAAUAAUUUAGUUAGCUGCCUUAAAGGUGAUUUUUAAGCUAACUCAAGUAUUUGCUUUAAAUGUUAAACAUAAUAUUCAAAACUGCAUUGGCGAUCAGACACAACUCUUUAAUAAUAAUUGUAUAUAACAUUACAGUCUAAAAUUAGGCACAUGAAUAAUAAUAGUUUUAAUUUAUAUUUAACAAUGUUCCCAGAUAGUUUAAGAACUAUGUAUUUAACAAAACAAUGUAAUUAACUAUGUAUAUAAGUAAAUAUAUAACUCUAUA